UGAAAACUGAAGAGUUGUACCCUUUUCUCGUCUCCGUAAACCCCAAACAAGCACAGAAGUGACAGAACUGAAAGUCACCACAGUUCAAAUAAAAACCGACGGUAGCUGCAGAAAUGAGUCGCCGGAAAAUCUCUUGGUCGGAACUUCCACCGGAAAUCUUAGCAGAUAUUGCCGGACGCCUCGAAAUUCGCUCAAACUUCCUCCAUUUUCGGGUAGUAUGUAAGUCUUGGCGAAAAUCAACCCCUUUCUCUCUCUUCGCCGGAAAACCCAACAUUUUAUCCCCAAUUUUACCCCAUGAAUUCUCAGUCAACCUUUUCGCUUAUCAACUUGAAUCUGUUCCUUGGUAUCUCACAAUGCAUCUAAGUUUGGUCGCAACCUCUGUUUACCUCCUUCAAUCAGUCGCAAACCCCAACCUUCAACCAUGGUUAUUUACCGUUGAGGAGUUUAACCCUGGUAAGUUUUUUCUACGUAGACCACUUUGUCGAUCACUUUUUCAAUUAUUACCCCAGAAUUUCCCAGAUAAUCUGGAUUUAUCUCGUUUUCAUGUUACAGAAAUUAGUAAACUUUAUAAUCUUAGUUUUGUUCCUAGUUCUGAUGCUAUGUUAGAUAAGAAGAAUAGGGAUUCUUCUUUUUUUAGUAAAGUGAUUUUCUUUGUGGAUUCUGAUGAUUGUGAAAGUAACAAAAACCCUAGAAUUGAUGAUUGUGCUGUUUUAGUGUUGCAUGAUGAGACUGGUAGUGAUGGGGCACUGGCUAAGAUAAUGUUUGAUGAUGAUGAAGGAGGGGAAAUGUUGAGUUUGUGUAGUCAAAAUGUUAAGAAGUUUGAUGAUGUAGUGAAUUUUAGAGGCCGGGCUUGUGCAAUUGACCGUAAAGGAAGAUUGUAUAGGGAGAAAAACGGCGUGUUGGAGAGGCCCUUAGUUGUUACAGAGCCGGUGGGUGAAGGUUCAGGAGGUGAUCGGAAGAAACGAUUGGUUGAAUCGUGUGGUGAACUCUAUUUGAUUUAUAGAUGUCCAAGGUACGCGGGGGUGGCUUUUAAGGUCUAUAAGCUAAAUGAGGAGGAAAAGAAAUGGGAUGAACUUGUUAAAGGUAUUGGUGAUGAUAGGAUUCUUAUUGCAACUCAUGAUGGUUGCUUCUUUGUCUUAGCAAAGGAUAUACCUUCAUGGAGAGGCAAUUCUCUUGUGUUUCGUAGAGGUGUUUUCCCUGCUUAUAACUGUGAUUUUCGAGCUGAUGAUGAAAUAUUUGGAUCUCCGGAGAGAACCUCAUUUGAUAUGGCAGUUUUUCACUUUGGAAGCGGUAAAUUUGGGCCUAUAGAAUCUUAUUCAGGCUACUCUGAGGUGUUGUGGCCACCCCCAGCUUGGCUUUCAUCGACUGAUUUGGCCAGAGAGGAAUCUCAAAAGGAUGGCGAAAGACAGAAAGAUCUUUUUUUCGAAAAAUGUCCUGAAUCAAGUAGCAUCAAAGAGAACACUUUUCCACUCGAAUUACAAGUGGAUACACAAGCUAAGGACAUUUGCUCUCCAACAGAAAUCCAGGCGAAACUAUCUGUAAAAGAUGUUGGAGCCUUGAGUAUCACAACAAAGAUGCAGAUUGUUGCAGAUCCUACACCUGCUAUUACUAAGUCUUUUGAAAGUGGUAUAUCAAAGACGAAAUUCCAAGGGUUCGAUGUAAGCUCACAAUUCUUACCAAUUUUGAAGAAUAUAUGGGAUAAUCAUGGCAACAUAUUGGAAGGGAAUCCAGUCCGAAGCUGUGAUCUAGUAGCUUGGGCAUUGGAGUCAAUGGCUAAAGUGGUAAUACUUCUUCAAAACACCUCAGGCAGGUCAUUGAACAAUUCUGAUGCUGAAUAUCUCUGUGCCACACUUUUUGACCUUCAACUCAUGCAAUUUAAUGUAAGUUGGCUGGUUCCUGAUGUCGUAAAGGCUUUAAAAUUGAACGAAGGUAUAGCUAAUAGAGAAAAAUUGGAGGUUAGUUCAAGGGAGAUUGAGAAGGUCACAUCCCAAAUUACAAACAUGAAAAUGAAGUUCCUUGCUGAAGUAGGUGGCACGGAGCAGAUGUUGGAUGAACAAAGAAAGACAGUUUGUGAGAGCUUGAGUGUGCUAGACGGCCUUAGCAAAAGCAAUUCUUCAGGAAAGGAAUUAUGUUGAUUCUCAAGUUUUAUCAGCUUUUGUAAAUUGUUGAACACAACACAUGUUAGAGAUGUCAGCCUAUAUCAGCUACACUCUCAGAGCUCUCGUCUCAUCUGGUUUUGCUUGCUGGAGAGCUUUUCAUGAUGGUUUCUGCUGAUUGUAUUGUUUUCGGAUACUAGAAUCGUUGAUGUUUUGGCUGCGGAUGUGCAGGAUUAUCAUGACCUCUACAUGAAGAAUGUAUAAGUUAAUGUUGGCUCCUUUUUGUAAUUUUUUUGGGUGUUGUAAACUUGGUAUCAUGGGCCACCAAUUCUGUUAGAUUUUCAAUUUUUUGGUUGGACUGAAAGCUUGAAAGUUAAACGUACAGUUAAACAGAUA